GGUCGGGCCGCGCGAUUUCGCGUUUUAUUUUCGCGAGUACAUUUGUACAUAAAAAAUAAAUCUGCAAAUGGGCAGUGUGUAGUUUAAGGAACGGCUUAUGUGCAUUUACGUACUGGGAUUAAAACGGGGAGUCGUAAUUUAUCCAGUCACGAUCCGUGCUCGUGAGUGAGCAGAUGACAAUAACGCGUCUUCGAGAGUCAUUUUCCACUAGCUGAUUCGACACCUCCAGUGCACACACCUGAGUUGAUAAACUUUAGUCCGUCAGGAAAAUGCACAUGCACAUGUCGUUCUGGUGGGGCGCGGACGUCGGCGAUGUGUUCUUCAAGGGGCUGACGGUGAACACGACCGGCGCGAUGGUGGCGCUCUGCGUCACGCUGACCGUGCUGUCGAUCCUGUACGAGGGCAUGAAGGUCCACGGCGCCAAGGUGCGUGCCCGCGCGGCCCGCGAGCGCAAACGGUCCGGUUCCUGUCCGCCGCCGAGUGAGUCCGCCACCCUGCUCUCGCUGGAACUCCCCCCGAGCGGACUGCGGCCCCUGUCGCGCCGCGUUUGUGCCUUUCUCGCCGAAGCCACCGUCUUCCUGUUCCACAACAUGCUCGGGUACGCCCUCAUGCUGACCGUCAUGAUCUACAACGGGUACCUGUUUGUAGCGGUUGUUGGUGGAAUGGCCAUCGGGUACUUCCUCUUUGGCCACAUGUCCAUGAAGGUCAACAUGGAGAACGUCCAGGCGCGACAGACGAACGUGAUUUGUACGGCACGCUGCCUCCAGACAGCCGAAUCCUGUGCAAUGAGUCAUUCCGCACCCUGUCCCUCCUCUCGAUCCAAGCCACCCCGAAGCAACUAUCAAACCCUCUGCUCCUGAAACCCAGAUCAACUGUCAUUCCCACCAUUUUGUUUUCGUCCGCAACGCCUACUGCGUGAUUUUGUUUGAUUUAAAAUUUCCGCUCAUUUUUGUUUAAUUUUGUUUGCCACAAUCGUCACACCUUUCACAGAUUCGUUCGACCAACCUUCAGCGUCCGCACCCAGUCAGGAAUCCGGCGGCGACGACGCUGGACCGUCAACCCGAGUAACCACCGUAGCAGUGUGCCACUGACUUUUCUCAGUGUGGCAGCGAUUUAUAUGCACCCUUUUAACGUUUUCAAGAUAUUACGUAAUCUCAGUGUCUCAAGUCUGGAAAUUGCCGUAUUUUAGCGUUCGUUUAAGCUCUAGAGAGAAAGAAGAGGAAGCAGCUGUAAGGGUUUCCAAAUUAAGCGCACCACCAAAAUUCUAAGCCAUUUCUAAGCCGUUUAGGGCAGGGUAGAUAGUGUAGUGUAGCAAGGGCUGAAUUGCAAUUUUCUUCUACGCAGGCCAAACAAGAAUACAACAAAAAAUAAUAACUAAACAAAAAGACAAAUAUGUAGCAUUACUCUGUGAUCUGUAUAUAAAUUAGAGGAGCAAACAAAAUAUUACAAAAAAGAAGAAGCAUACUACUAAAGUCGUACUAAGC